CCGGGAUCAUGAAAGUGUCUCAAGUCCAUAUUUUGUCUUAAGUCUUAAAAUUUUGACUUAAGUCAAAAUUUAGUCUUAAAUUGGGGAUCACGAAGCUCGAUCUUUAAGAAUAUCUAAAGUCUAAGACCAAAUUUGAUCUUAAGUCCUAAGACUGCCCCCGAGUAGACUUAAGACAAUAUUUGUAGCAUUAAAGAUGGCUGAAGUGAUUCGCCUCAUUCGUAGGAUUCGUUCUAAGAGAAAUACACUACAUAUUCAGAGGACUUUUCGGGAUCGUUUUAACCCUAUGGAAAUGUAUAGCGACGAUCAACUCUUUGAAAGAUACAGAUUUCGUCGUUCUACCAUUUUUUUCAUUGUUGAUUUAAUCAGCCAUAAACUUGCACAUCCCACCCAGCGUUCUCACAGUCUCCCACCCAUCAUUCAAGUACUGAUAUUCCUUCAGUUCGUUGCAAGUGGUGCUUUUCACCUAUUAGUGGCCCAGUCGUUCUCUGUCAGCAAGGCCACAGCCGGCAGGUGUGUCCAUAGAGUGGCAGAUUCACUCUGCAGACUCUCAACCCGAUUCAUCGCUUUUCCGACAGGCCAAAGAUCACUUGACGUGAAACGCGCUUUCCAUGCUAUUGCCGGAUUUCCAAAAGUGCUCGGCUGUGUCGAUGGCACACAGAUCAGGAUUGCGAGUCCAAAGGUAAACGAAGCUGACUUCGUGAACAGGAAGGGAUUUCACUCUCUUAAUGUUCAGAUGGUUUGUGACCCCAAAUUUCUAAUCACCAACUGUGUGGCCAACUGGCCUGGAUCAUGCCAUGAUGCACGGAUAUUCAAGGAGAGUAAGCUCUGUCAUAAUUUUGAAAAUGGUCUUCAUGAUGGAUUCCUGCUAGGGGACUCUGGAUACCCCUGCAGACGCUACCUGAUGACUCCCUACCACAAUACUGGCGAUCUGAGGCAUAAAGAGAGAUAUACUUAUUCUCUCUGCAGGACACGUGUACUCAUUGAACAGACCUUUGGCAUUUUAAAAAGACGCUUUCCUUGUCUGUCUACUGGACUGAGAACCAAUCCAACCAGAGCCUGUACAUAUGUUAUCUCAUGUGUAAUAUUACAUAAUAUAGGAAUUGUGAAACAAGAUAUUGUAAUCAAUGAUGUAGAUGAAUUGACAGUACAGGGUCCAGAUCAGCAGCAGCAGCAGCUUCAGGGAAAUGAUGGCUUCAGUAUCACAGACCAUAUUGCCUAGAGCUAUUUCAAUUAAUCAUUCUGUGAAAAAUUUCAGAAGAAAGUUGUUAAUUUCUAUAAAACAUUAGAUAGAACAUAUAAUUACUCAGAGUUGAAGUUGCAAUAUUACUCUGUGAAGCUGAAAGUUGGGUCAAUAUUUCGUAUUUGCAAUAUUGUCAAUUUUUGCUGCAGUUUACCUACUCGAAUUUGUUCUCUUAUCAGUUGUCUAGAAUCCUUAACUUUCUCUAGUUCCUCUUUUAGCAUUUCUUCUUCAGUUGACACUUUCACAUGUCCAGCUGGUUCACCCCCCAGAAAAGAACUUGAAAUCAUAGUUGGGUCCAGAUCAGUGAUGUCAGUGAUGCUGAAGGCCAAAUCAUCAGCUGAGUUCAGAUCAACUUCAGUGGUUGUUGCUCCAUCAUGUGGGGCUUCAGCAGUUUCUGAGAUAUUGAUGAAGUCUGAAAACAAUAAUUACUAAAGUCAUUAUUUAUUCUUUCAAACAUGAACUUCUCUAUCGUUAUGUCACAUCUAUUGAACAGAAAUAGAACGUAAGCAUUACAUGUUAUUGAGUUAAAGAUGUUCCAAGCACCAAGUGUAUCAUAAUUAGAAAUGUAAAAUGAACAUAUG